GGGCCGCCGCCUCCGUCCCGGCUGCGGCGCCUGCCGGUUACGUAACUCGCUGCGGGCUCCGUGUGGCGCCCCUUCCCGGCUCUGGCGGCCCCGGGAUGCGCUGAGCCCCACCACGCCGUCCGCUGCCGCCGGCUCCCGCCCAAGAAUUAAUGUGCCAGUCGGCCCAAGUGCUGCCUCCAUUGUGCCGUCGGUGCUGGAGUCCCAUCUCAUUCAGCUUGCAGACCCUCGAGGCUGCUAUGAAGACAAUUGAAACCUGUGUGAAUGACAGAGGUGGUGCCGUCCAGCGCGCUCAGCGAGGUCAGCCUGCGCCUCCUCUGCCACGAUGACAUAGACACCGUGAAGCAUCUCUGUGGCGACUGGUUCCCCAUCGAGUACCCAGACUCAUGGUAUCGCGAUAUCACCUCCAACAAGAGGUUCUUCUCUCUCGCUGCGACCUACAGGGGCGCCAUCGUGGGCAUGAUAGUAGCUGAAAUAAAAAGCAGGACCAAGAUACACAAGGAGGACGGAGACAUUCUAGCCUCCAGCUUCUCUGUUGACACACAAGUUGCAUACAUUCUCAGUCUGGGAGUGGUGAAGGAAUUCAGGAAGCACGGCAUAGGUUCGCUUUUACUUGAGAGUUUAAAGGAUCACAUAUCGACCACGGCCCAGGACCACUGCAAAGCCAUCUACCUGCACGUGCUCACUACCAACAGCACAGCGAUACACUUCUAUGAAAACAGGAACUUCAAGCAGCAUCACUAUCUCCCCUAUUACUACUCUAUCCGUGGGGUCCUCAAAGAUGGCUUCACCUACGUCCUCUACAUCAAUGGCGGACACCCUCCAUGGACAAUCCUGGACUACAUACAGCACCUGGGUUCUGCGUUAGCAAACCUGAGCCCGUGCUCCAUCCCACACAGGAUCUACCGCCAGGCCCACAGCCUGCUCUGCAGCUUCCUGCCAUGGUCCGGCAUCUCCACUAAGGGCGGCAUCGAGUACAGCCGGACCAUGUGACACCAGCCGGGCAGCCUCCACUGGGCCCCACCCCUCGGCACCCUGCAGAGCCCGCCUUCCCAGCUGUCUGACUUCUGCCACCCUCUGCAAAGAGCUGGCGGCCACCUGCCGGGCUGAGGGCCUGCCCUAGCUGCAGCCAGGUGCUACACGGGUGCCAGAGCAGAGUGCCGUGGGGCGCACCUGGUCUCCGACAGGUACACUGGAGCAGCUGGUGGGAAGAGGGGCGCAGAACCCACUGGCACCCCACAACAAAGCCAGCCGGCCCUGGGCAGGCACCCCAGCUCAGAGAUGUUGGGAAGUGGCACCAAGGGCUAAGCUGGUUCCUGAACGAUUCUCAGGACUUCAGGAAGGAAAGCCGAGUCCUUGAGCCCCUGGCCACAACUUUAUCUUUUCAAUUCCUGAACUGAAUUUUAAAAAAUAAUGCAUUCACAUGGUUCAGCAAUUGAAAAGGUACCAGAAGAUCAAGCCCCUCCUACCCCCACCCCCUGCCGAGAGGUGAUGGUGCUGCUGUGUCUCGGGUGCGCACCCUGGCAUCCGUCAGGUGUCAGACUUCCACACCAGCCACACCUUCAGCUCCAACUGAAGGGCUGUGUGGGCCUGCCCCGUGGUGGGCUUCUCCCAGGCGAGGCUCUGCUCGGAGGCCACUGCUCUGAAGCACCAUGAGUGCCACAGGGAGUGGGUCAGACCUCAGAACCUCAGAGCUGAAGAGGCCAUGGGGCCCGGGGCCCACCCCCUUGUGCAUGGACACACGCAGAUGUGGUUUGGUGGGUGGGUGCAAGCUGCACAGUGGUACUCCACGGCCACCUGGGCUGGAUCCUCUCGGUGCCUUGACUGGUGCUGGGCCUGAGGGGAGCCCAGUGGUCCCUGGAAGGGGUUCGGCCUGGGGCAGCCAGGGCCCAGCUGUGGGCUCCUAGGCUGGAUAGUGCAGGGUGGGCAGAGCAGCUCGGCAGAGGUCUUCACCCCUGCUCCCCUCUGCUCUUUCCUGCAGGCUCAGCCAGCCCUCCUAUCAGCUCUGGAAGUGUCCACCUGCCCCUGUGCCCUGGUCCCGCCUCCACAUGUGUGCACCAGCCCAUGGCCUGCAGGGGUGUUCCAAGUUCACUGUGGUCUGUGCUGCUGUGGGGGGCAGGGGCCAGGCAGGGGCUUCCCUCACUGGCCGUGUCCCCUCACUGCCCUUCCCUCUAGCUCCUUCCUCCAAAGCCAGAGAGAACUGGGGGCGAGGAGCCCAGGUGUUACCAACAGACCUGGUCUUAAGGCCACAGGAGCCUGAGAAUGAGGGGCUGAGAUGGGGGAAAGUGGACCCUCCUCCAGAACCAGCCCACAGAAGCCUGGGCAUGGGGAGCAGCUGCCACCUCUCCACGAGGGGCUGGUGCCCUGUUGGCAGAGCAGGAGAGCCUUCCCACCCAAGCACAGAGCUUGGGCUCAGUUCCCUGACCCAGGCGGUGGGAUAGCAGGCCCCCUGCUGCAGGCCUCGUUCUGUCCCUAGAGCACAGAGCUGCCCAGCUGAUGGCUGAUGCUGCGUUCAGCUGAACUGUGCAGGGAGCUGGGCUGAGGACAGGUCAGGUUCCUGGGUUCCUCUUGCCCAGGCCUCCUAGGCCUGGGAGCUGCGGAUCCAGGACCUGGCCAGGUGCAGGCAAUCGGAAGCGGGGCUGAGCCUGGUGUCCAUCGAGUGGGGCCUGUCCUUUGGGGCUGGAGGCAGGCCAUGCCUAGCAUCCUCCCGACCCCGUGCAGAGCAGCCUGCUGCCUGCAGCCUCCCUGGGUGGAGGAGGGCCAGGGUCACACACACCCCAUUGCUGCAGUGUCCUGGCCUUUGCCUCAGUGCACCAGCCUGAAUGGGAGGGGGAAGGACCGCGCCUCCCUCCCUCAGAACUUCCCAACCUACCCGCUCCUGGGCCUCAAGGUGGGGUAGGGGUUCUGAGAUGGAGGCCAGCCCCUCCCUCUGCUUCUCCGCCCAGGGUGCCCAGUGGCAAAGGGCUGUGUCGCCGCCCUGUCCACACCUCUGUGCUGACCAUGGCUUUGUGCUGGGGUCCAGCUCCGUGUCCUGUCUGACCAGAACCAGCAGCGAUCCCGUGGUUUUUAUUUCUGCCCUGAGGGGUGAGGGAAGCGUCUUCCCGUGGGCUCCGCCUUGUCCGCCCCUCCAGCUCAGAGGCCUUGUUCACCCCUCCGUCUCUGCCCCCCAUCACUGCAGUGUCCAGCCCAGUGUUGAACAGAUUGUAGUGUUUUUUUGUCUCAUUACAAACAAAUAAACAGGCGUGAACUGGU